GGAAAACACAUCGCUGUAACAGCUGCAUACGCUAUCGGCCCACGGCAGAGAGCCGUCGCAAACACCUCCUCGCCGCUCCGCUCGCGCGUCUCUCAUUCCCCCCUAGAAAGUAUGACAAACUUCGUGAAGAAGGGGGCGGCCGGGCGGGUGAAUGCCGCACGGCUCUACGCCUUCAACAAGACCCUCAAAGCGGAUGCCCUGCGGGAGCGCACGUACUGGGAGGUAAACAAGGAUACCCACCCCAUCAACCGCCGGUCCUACCGCCGCUGGAAGGAGCGCAACGAGGAGUUGUCCAUGUUCGAGGACAAACUGAGCAAAGUUCCUGUUGACCAGAAGUUUAAAAUCAAGAAGCUCCUCACCGUCGCCAACGUGUCCAUCAUCGGCCCCACCGUGCUCGUUUUCUACUUUACCUUCUGCUACUUCCGAUACCACUGGUGGGGAAUCACACCCAUCGACGGAGCCAGUGCCAUCGCUCGCAGCAUCCAAAACCUCCCACGUCCGCCGGGCUACUAG